GUUUCGGAUGUGAUUGGCGGGGUCUAGGGUUUAUGUGAGCAUUCUUGACAUUUAUCCUAGAUUCUUUGGAUUCUGACAAGGUGGGUCUUUCGUAGAUUCUUUAACAUAUGCUACUAGUUUUUCAACAAAACAAAAAAGAAAUAUGCUCUUUGGAAAAAGAGUAUUCUGAUUCCCAGUAAAACGAUUCUGAAUUUAAUGCGUUUGCAUCAUCGUAAAAGUCUUACACCUUUUUUUCCGCAUACCUUUGGUAUUUCAUAACUGCCAUCAGUUUGAAUGCUCAUCUCUUGGAUUAUGGGCUGUCAAAUUAUGGCAGAUUGAGGGUUUUAGACUUAAGACUGAUAAAGGUGUUUGGAACUUGGUGGGUAUGGAGACUCUGGGCUUAGCUUCAGAUCUUUUGACCUCGAAUUUGUUUAUGCAAGAAGGCAAGAGCACAAAAUGGACUAAAGAAGAGAACAAGAAAUUUGAGAGUGCUCUUGCAAUAUUCGACAAGGAGACCCCGGAUCGAUGGAUAAAGGUAGCAGCCAUGAUCCCCGGAAAGUCUGUUUUCGAUGUGAUGAAUCAGUACAUGGAAUUAUUAGCAGAUGUUAGUGAUAUAGAAAAUGGUUUGGUACCAAUUCCUGGUUAUCUGACCUCCUCUUUCACACUGGAAUGGGUUGACAGUCGCGAUUUUGAUGCGUUUAGAAAGAAGUCUUCCACAGGGCGAUCUGAUCAGGAGAGGAAGAAAGGUGUACCAUGGACAGAAGAGGAGCACAGACGAUUUUUAUUGGGUCUUCAAGAGCACGGAAAAGGAGACUGGAGAAAUAUUGCCCGUAAUUUUGUUAUCUCUAAGACACCAACUCAAGUGGCAAGCCAUGCUCAGAAAUUCUAUCUAAGGCAGCUUUCAGGAGGAAAAGAUAAGAGGAGACCCAGCAUCCAUGACAUCACAGCGGUCAGUCUGACUGACACUUCCUUAUUGGAAAAUAACUCAUCUCCUUCAACUGACAAGUCUACUGUGCUUACACCUACCCAUAAGUCAUCAAGCACACCUAAGAUAUUACUAGACUGGAAUCAUCCGGAUGAUGGAGCGGUGAUGGUUUUCAAUUCAACUCAUGGCAACCCGUUCAUGGCAUGCCCGUAUGAGAUUGUUUCACGUGGUCCUCAUCAGUUGCAGAGGAAUGCUCACCAUGAAGCCCAUUUUGGACCUCAAAAUUCAAGGUUUCAGAUUCAUGCAACAAGGUAUCAGAUUCAUGGAUGAAGCAGCAAUGUUAAUGGUCAAUAGGUUGACAUGCUAAAUUGUGUUUUCCUUGAGCACAAUCUUAAUUUAGCAACUAAGUCAUGCUGUUAUGUACAUUGAUGACAAGGUACAUGCUAGUUGAAAGAAAAAUUAUGUCAUGCUUUAACUUGCAAAUGAAAGACUCUUCAACUUGUCUAUAAAUUUCUAGUUCUAUGGAGCCCUAAAUGAUUUUAGGCUGAAAACUGAAGCCCCUGAGUCGAUAUCUGUUAAAUGAAGGGGAGAUAAGCUUCUUGAAUUAUGUAUGACUUUGCAUUUAGCAUGGAUAGACUUUAGCAAG